AUGGGGACGAGGCCUAGGGGCCUUGGGGCCAGGAGGGUACCCCCGUGAGGGCCUGGGCUCCUGGGUAAACAUUAAUGGGCUCAGCACCCAGCAGGUCAUGUGUGCGAUCAGGGGAUCUUUGACCUGCAGCUGCUCCCGCCCGGUGUCUCCUCCCUGCAGGUGCCCCCUCACCACCCACACAGCAGAUCCGGACCUGGGUCUGGGUCUGUCCCUGCCCGAAAUCCAUGCCGAGUUCCCUUCCGGGCAGCCAGGUCCCCCACCCCACUCUGGACGUGGUUGACCUAGUGGAAAGGACUCUGAGGAAUGAAGGGACCUCCAGUUCUGCUCCAGUCUUGGAGGAGGGGGACACAGACCCCUGGACCCUCCCUCAGCUGAAGGACACAAGCCAGUCCUGGAAAGAGCUCCGCGUGGCCGGCAGGCUGCGCCGCGUGGCUGGCAGCGUCCUCAAGGCCUGUGGGCUCCUCGGCAGCCUGUACUUCUUCAUCUGCUCUCUGGACGUCCUCAGCUCCGCCUUCCAGCUGCUGGGCAGCAAAGUGGCCGGAGACAUCUUCAAGGACAACGUGGUGCUGUCCAACCCCGUGGCUGGACUGGUCAUUGGCGUACUGGUCACAGCCCUGGUGCAGAGUUCCAGCACGUCCUCCUCCAUCGUGGUCAGCAUGGUGGCUGCUAAGCUGCUGACUGUCCGGGCGUCUGUGCCCAUCAUCAUGGGUGUCAACGUAGGCACAUCCAUCACGAGCACCCUGGUCUCAAUGGCGCAGUCAGGGGACCGGGAUGAAUUUCAGAGGGCUUUCAGCGGCUCCGCGGUGCACGGGAUCUUCAACUGGCUCACGGUGCUGGUCCUGCUGCCCCUGGAGAGUGCCACGGCCCUGCUGGAGAGGCUGAGCGAGCUGGCCCUGGGUGCCGCCAGCCUGCCGCUCGGGGCGCAGGCGCCCGACAUCCUCAAGGUGCUGACGAAACCGCUCACACACCUCAUCGUGCAGUUGGAUUCCGACAUGAUCAUGAGCAGUGCCACAGGCAACGCCACCAACAGCAGUCUCAUUAAGCACUGGUGCGGCACCACGGGGCAGCUGACCCAGGGGAACGGCAGCGACUGUGGAGCCUUCGGCCCCUACACAGAGAGGAACAGCACAGCCCCGGCGGACAGGCUGCCCUGCCGCCACCUGUUUGCGGGCACGGAGCUCACGGACCUGGCUGUGGGCUGCAUCCUGCUGGCCGGCUCCCUGCUGGUGCUCUGCGGCUGCCUGGUCCUCAUAGUCAAGCUGCUCAACUCUGUGCUGCGCGGCCGCGUGGCCCAGGUCGUGAGGACGGUCAUCAAUGCGGAUUUCCCCUUCCCGCUGGGCUGGCUGGGCGGCUACCUGGCCCUCCUCGCGGGCGCUGGCCUGACCUUCGCACUGCAGAGUAGCAGCGUCUUCACAGCAGCCAUCGUACCCCUCAUGGGGGUCGGGGUGAUCAGUCUGGACCGGGCGUACCCCCUCUUACUGGGCUCCAACAUCGGCACCACUACCACGGCCCUGCUGGCUGCCCUGGCCAGCCCCGCAGACAGGAUGCUCAGCGCCCUGCAGGUCGCCCUCAUCCACUUCUUCUUCAACCUGGCCGGCAUCCUGCUGUGGUACCUGGUGCCUGCACUGCGGCUGCCCAUCCCGCUGGCCAGGCACUUUGGGGUGGUGACUGCCAGUUACCGCUGGGUGGCCGGGGUCUACCUGCUGCUCGGAUUCCUGCUGCUGCCCCUGGCGGCCUUCGGGCUCUCCCUGGCAGGGGGCACGGUGCUGGCCGCCGUCGGGGGUCCCCUGGUGGGGCUGGUGCUCCUCGUCAUCCUGGUUACUGUCCUGCAGCGGCGCCGGCCAGCCUGGCUGCCUGUCCGCCUGCGCUCCUGGGCCUGGCUCCCCAUCUGGCUCCACUCUCUGGAGCCCUGGGACCGCCUGGUGACCCGCUGCUGCCCCUGUAACGUCUGCAGCCCCCCGAAGGCCACCACCAAAGAGGCCCACUGCUACGAGAACCCUGAGAUCUUGGCCUCCCAGCAGUUGUGAGGGGCGGUUGCUGCACAGACCACCCCACCCUCCCCGGCUGGGAGGGCUCUGGAGGGCCCUGGGGAGGGGGGUCCCCGCGGCAGCUGACCUCCGGCCACCUGCUUCCCCUUCUGUGCAAAUAAACCAGGCUGUUAUCUGG